AUGCUGGCCAGGGUCCAAGACUUCAUCUAUGGCGGCGCGAAUCAGUCUGAGAAGGAGAGGGCCAGGUGCUCCUGCACCACGGAUGCUCGAAUGCUCCUCAUCGCCUUCCUUACCUACAUGUCCUAUGUCAUGUAUCACGCCCAGCGAAUUGCGUUUGCGGGGGUGGCGUCCUCAAUGACAGAUGAGGCUGGGUUUACGGCGACAAAGCUGGGCGUGAUGUCGACCGGCUAUUUGUUCGCAUAUGCCAUUGGCCAGUUCGCGUGUGGCCGCUUUGCUGACUACGUACGUCCGAAGAGGGCCCUGGUUUGGGGCAUGUUCUGCUGUGCACUGCUGCCGGUCAUCGAGGGGUUCAUGGGUGCGAGCGGCUGUGGCGGAGAAGGAGGAUGCUAUUUCACGUGGGUUUUCGUUCGGAUCCUCGAGGGCUUUGCUCAAGCCACAGGUUGGACCUCAACAGUGGCCAUCAUGGGAAGCUGGUUCCCUCAAGACGGCCGAGGUCUCAUCAUGGGGCUUUGGGCCACAAACUGCAACGUUGGUGAUAUCUUCGGCCUGCAUGUGACGUCGGCGCUUCUAGACCACGCUGAGUGGUACGCGAUCUUGUGGGUCAUGGCAAGCUGCACGGCCUUUUGGGCCAUAGUCAACAUGGUCUUCCUGCGUAGUGCCCCACCACCUUUUUCGCUACACUGGCAGCAUGAAGAGGCCCUUCCUCAGGCGGCGGUGGACCAAGAAGUGGCCGGAGAUUCUGCAAGCCUUGGCCAGAUCCUUUGUAUUCCCGGCCUGCUGCAGUACUCCUUCAGCUACAUGUUCCUCAAGCUCGUGAAUUACGCCCUCUUCUUGUGGCUGCCCUUCUAUCUCAGUAAGGGAAUUGGUGUCGACAAAUCUUUAGCCAGCUUGAUGUCCGCUAGGUUCGACGUGGGGUUCAUUGUCGGCGCCAUUCUUGCUGGGCUGGCCAGUGACAUCACAAGCCGCUACGCAGGAAUGCCAAUGAGAAGCCCCAUCGUGAGCAGCUUUCUGCUGAUCUCGCUUCUACCUAUGGGCGUCCUGCGUUUCUCGGACGACCCAGGUGUUAUCAAGUGGGCCAUCUUCUUUUGUGGCAUCCUGCAGGGGGGACCCGCGGAUUCCUUGACCUCAGCCGUGUCCGUGGACUUGGGCAAGCAUCCGAGCCUUGAGGGAAAGCGGGCCACCUCCACAGUGACCGGGGUCAUCAAUGGCACUGGGGCAGUGGGCGCUGCCGUUGGGCAGUACGUGGUGGGCAUGCUCAGCGAUCGCUUGGGAUGGAAGUCUGUCUUCAUCUUCUUGCUUGUGUGCCUGGCGUCCGCUUUUGCGCUUUCCUUGUUUCGCCUGUGCAAGGAAUUGGCCGAUGUUCGCGCAGCGAAGGGGAGUUUCGACUCUGCUUCCUACGAGUCCUCUGAGGACAGCGAGUCCGUUGAACAGCACAACUAA